GUGACCCCUCUGUGACCCCUGACCAUGUGAAUAUCCUGCCAUCUGAUUCGCUGCCCUCACAGACCUGCAGACAGGUGGACAUGGCGGCUCAGGUGUUCGUGGUGCUCAUGCUGCUCCUCGGACUCUCUUCCGGUUCGGCUCCGGACUCUGAACGCGGGAGGAUGGAGCUGCGGCGCGUGCGGAGCCUUGCAGCUCAGCCCAGGUAUGGAGGGUGCUGGGCUCGCGCUCUGGAACACCUGGACACGCGCUGCAGGGACCUGACGUCGGAGAGCCAGAGCCGGGUCGCGCUCAGCUUCACGCUUUGUCACCUGAGCAGCUCAGGUAGAGAUAUCCCAUCAUGCCCUGAGGGGUCAGAGGUCAGCAGGUGUACAGGUGUGAUGGACGGUGUGGCCUUUAACACCUACACUGAGUUCUUCACACACACACACUCCAUGUGUCACUUCCUGCAGUCUGAAGCCUGGCAGAGCCGAGCCGAGGGCACCAUGUACAGGUUAACAGAGAGUUCAGCAGGUGUUGCAGAGCAGCUUCAGUCCACCAGGCAGAUGGCUGAAGAACUCAUCGAUGCCCAGAGUGCUGCCUUACAGGCACAGCAGGAGAUCCUGAACAAUGGGGAGGAGCUGAGAGUCACCCUGAGAGACUCUACCCAGGGUCUGCGGGCGGUCUUCUCUGAGCUCAGCAGUGUCUCCAGGGAGCAGCAGGUGGCGCUGUCGGAGCUCUUUAACAGAGUGACCUUUCUGCAGAGUUUCCUGUUGAUGGAGUCUCACAGUCUGAGCUCCUGCUGCUACAACGCUGCUGCCCUCUGCACCUCCUUUCUCAUCACCUCCACCCAGCGCUCCUCCAGAGCCAGGCUGGCACUGUUGAGUUUGGUGUGUCUAAAUUUCUACCUCGAGAGGAAGAUCUACCAGUUUGUGAUCAACUCUGAUCAUCCAGAACACACACACAUGGAGCUGGUCAGUGUGUGUGUGUGUGUGUUGCGGCGGGUCAUGGUGUGUGUGGGUUUCUGUGUUCUGCUGGCUGUGUGUGUGCGGUACAGAGACCCGGUGCAGCAGAGUCUGCAGGUGCUGCAGCAGCUCAGAGAGACUCAGAGGAGCCUGCAGGAGGCGCUGCAGCACGCAGAGGGUCUGGGGGAGCAACAGAAGAAGAAUCAGUCUGAUGUGAAGAGGAGGUCAGAGAGCAGAAGAAGAGACGGGACGCCGAGGAGGAGGGAGGAGAAAAUAAGAGAAGAAGAGGAGAGCACGCUGGUUUCUCCAACCACAGACAUCUCAGACCUGUCUUACCUCUCACUCCCCGAUUGGAGUGUGAACAGUCUCCUCAGCAGCACGUUGAACUGCACGGACGCUGACAUCACUCUGCAGCCAUAUAUUACCCAGAAUGCCUCUGUGCAGGGUUCCAUUACCCAGAAUGCCUCAGUGAGUCCCAGCAGGCGUCCUCGUCGCUCUUCCUCCUCCUCCUCCUCCGCUCUUCUGGUAUACAGCGUGCUGGUGGAGGACAAAAAGCCACGUUACAGCCUGAGGAGCAGAAGAUCAGAGACACACUGAUCUUCACACCGAUUUCAUGUAGGACGUUUAACAUUUUUAACACAAAAGUUUUUCAAUAAACAGAUUUUUAUAUUUUAAAUAGAAGAA